GCGGGGCGCAGUGCGCGUGCGCGCGGGGCGGCAUGAGCGGCGGGGGGCGGCGCGAGCCGACGGGAAGCGAGCCGUCGACCUGGCGCUGGAGCGGGGCAGCCGCGGGUGCAUGCGGGUCCUGUGGGACUGGCAGCGUGCCCCCCGGCCCCCCGGCAUGGGCAGCCCCGGCCGUGGGGGGGCCACGGGGGCCCGGCGCCUCUGCAAGGAUGGCUUUGACCCCGGGCCCCUGAGCAGCAGCGGCGGCGAGCCGGAGGCCAGGCUGGGUCCCGGCUGGGGAGAGCCCCCCGUGCCCCCCCCACAGCCCCUCGCCUGCAGCACGCUGCUCGGCGGCCCUGGUGACAGCAGCUCCGACGACGAGGCCUUCGUCACCGCCGCCGAGACGCUGCCGGCCCUGCUGCGGGCUUGCAGCCUCGGCGGCUCGAGCGCCCCGGAGCCGGAGCUGCCCCGGCUCCGCCACGUCACCCCCAGGAGCAAGAGCCGCCUGGGGGCCUUGGCAGCCCGGCUUGGCACCCCCCCCUCCUCCUCCUCCUCCUCCUCCUCCUCCUCCUCGCUCCUUGGUGAGACGCCGGAGAUGCUCCCACAGUGCGGGGGUCCUGCUGCCCCCCCGGGGCACCGCGGCGCCCUCGGGGACGGGGAUGCAUCCGAUGGGUACCUGGAUGAGACGGGAUCUCCGGAUGCCACCGUGCUCCUGCCCGGGCAGCCCGGCUUGUCCCCGGGGGCCGGCGGCUCCGGCGGCUCCAGCCCCGCCGUCCCACCGGGCUGCGGGUGCCCCGUGGGUGCUGCCGAGCCGCCACCGCCGCCGCUCUCGGACGCGACGCUGCUGCGGGAGCUGCGCAGGCUGGGCGCCGACCCGGGGCCCGUCACCGCCCUGACGCGGCGGGUCUACGCGCGGCGGCUGGCGGUGCUGAGCGCGGCGGAGGCGGGCGGCCCCGCAGGCCACAGCCCCGAGCUCGCGGCGGCGCUGGAGACGUCCCGCAUCCCCGACUGCGCGGACGACGAGCUGGCCCUGGCCCGGCACUUCGACCGCUGCAGCGGGGGCUGGCGCUGGCGCGGAGGCGCCCUCAAGUCCAGCUUCAACUACCUCCUCCUCGACCCCAGGGCCACCCAGGACCUGCCGCUCCACUCCCGCCACCUGAGCCCGGCCGAGUGCUUCAGGACCUUCGUGCAGGCCAUCUUCUACGUGGGCAAGGGGACGCGCGCCCGGCCCUACUGCCACCUCUACGAGGCCCUGAGCCACCAGCGCGCCGGGAAGGCGAAGGCCUGUCCCAAGGUGUGGCGCAUCCUGGAGAUCUGGGCCGGCGGGCAGGGCGUCCUCUCGGUGCACUGCUUCCAGAGCGCCGUCGCGGCGGAGGCUUACACGCGGGAGGCCUGCCUCGUGGAGGCCAUCGGGCUGCGGGCGCUCACCAACCAGAAGAAGGGGAACUGCUACGGCGUGGCGGCCAGCUGGCCCGUGCGGCGCCGCCGGCGCCUGGGCGUCCACAUGCUGCACCGGGCCAUGCAGAUCUUCCUGGCCGAGGGCGAGCGGCAGCUCCGGCCAGCGGACAUCCACGCCGGGCGCUGAGCGGGGCCGGCCGCGGGCGCCGACUCCCCCCGGCACGGCCGCUCCGGGGGUCCGGGGCUGCUUUGCACCGGGGCGGCUGCGGG